AUAUAGGUCGGGCUUUGCAUAUGCGUAAUCAAACCAAUGAGAAUCCCCUGCGCGUCUGGCACACGGCAGAGCAACAAACUAUAGGAAGAAGAGAAGCGUGAUUUAGGGGGUGUAUCCCUUGUUUAAGACGCUGUUAUGGCAAAGCCAAUCGCCAGAUGUUUGUGUUCCUCACUCAGAUUUUGAGACUAAGCAGAACGCCGGGUUACUACGCGGAGGCUGAUUCGCGUAUCCAAGCCACUUUUAGCCAAAGUCUAGCUACACGCGAUCUCUCUCUCUCACUUUACGCACAGGAUUACGCCCGUUUGCUCGUCUAUUUCGCGGAGCUGCAACGUUUCUUCUGUCAUUCUUUAGCAGGCAGAAGGAAAUGGCAAAGGAGAGAGGAGCGCGGCUGGGAGAGCGCAGAGGAUACCAGAGCUGAAUGGCAGGAUGCAAGCGACCUGAAGACGCACAAAACCCCGCAUUUCUACAGCGCUCAGGCCCUUUUACGCCUUCUUUUGGUCUCCUUCCUUCCAAACGAGAGGAAUUACCCCUAUACGACCAUUUAAAGAUUUUCUUUUUUCUUAAUUUUUCAAAUUUUGGUUAUUUUCACACGCGGAACUCAAGGAAUCGAGGAUGCAUUGUGGAUUAGUGUUGAUCCUCUUUACGGGAAUCUUUCUCAUCGUCAGUGCUUUCAAAAAUGACAAAUGCGGGGACAAUAUCAGAAUCACUAGCGCAAAUUACCUCACUUCACCCGGUUAUCCGGUAUCUUACUACCCGUCUCAGAAAUGCAUAUGGGUGAUUACAGCUCCAGGACCGAACCAGAGGAUUUUGAUCAACUUCAACCCACACUUUGACCUGGAAGACAGAGAGUGCAAAUAUGACUAUGUGGAAGUGAGAGAUGGAGUGGAUGAGAGCGGGCAGCUGGUCGGGAAGUAUUGUGGGAAGAUCGCUCCCUCUCCUGUGGUCUCCUCUGGGAACCAGCUCUUCAUCAAGUUUGUCUCUGACUACGAGACUCAUGGUGCUGGCUUCUCCAUCCGUUACGAGAUCUUCAAAACAGGUCCAGAAUGUUCCAGGAACUUCACCUCCAGCAGUGGAGUCAUCAAGUCACCCGGCUUUCCAGAGAAGUACCCCAACAACCUGGACUGUACGUUCAUGAUCUUUGCUCCUAAGAUGUCGGAGAUCGUUCUGGAGUUCGAGAGCUUUGAGUUGGAGCCAGACACGCAGCCACCCACUGGAGUGUUCUGCCGCUACGACCGCCUGGAGAUUUGGGACGGCUUCCCUGGAGUUGGUCCAUACAUUGGCAGAUACUGUGGACAAAAUACUCCAGGACGGAUCAUAUCCUACACUGGAAUCUUGGCUUUGACAAUCAACACAGAUAGUGCUAUUGCAAAAGAGGGAUUCUCGGCUAACUUUACUGUGCUGGAAAGGACAGUCCCAGAUGACUUUGACUGCACCGAGCCUUUGGGUAUGGAAACUGGGGAAAUCCAUUCCGACCAAAUCAUGGCUUCAUCCCAGUACAACCCCAGCUGGUCUCCGGAACGAUCUAGACUCAACAGCCCUGAGAACGGUUGGACCCCUGCGGAGGACUCAAACAAAGAAUGGAUUCAGGUUGAUCUUGGAUUCCUGCGCUUUGUCUCGGCGAUCGGCACACAGGGAGCCAUCUCUCAAGAGACCAACAAGAAAUAUUAUGUGAAGUCCUACAAGGUGGAUGUAAGCUCAAACGGAGAAGACUGGAUAACUAUUAAGGAAGGCCCAAAACAGAAGAUUUUCCAAGGGAACACCAACCCUUCUGAUGUAGCGAAAGCCAUGUUCCCAAAGCCCACAUUGACGCGAUACCUCCGGAUCCGACCAUACAACUGGGAAACCGGUAUCGCUCUGCGCUUCGAGGUGUAUGGAUGCAAAAUCUCAGAGUACCCAUGUUCUGGAAUGUUGGGAAUGGUCUCAGGCCUUAUCGCAGACUCUCAGAUCACAGUUUCAUCCCAAACCGAGCGCACCUGGGUGUCAGAGAAUGCCCGUCUGCUGACCAGCCGUUCGGGAUGGACCUUGUUGCCGCAGCCCCAGCCGUAUGUGGAUGAGUGGCUGCAGAUAGAUCUGGGUGAAGAGAAAUUGUUCCGAGGUUUGAUCAUCCAGGGAGGUAAACACCGUGAUAAUAAGGUAUUCAUGAAGAAGUUUCGGCUGGGCUACAGCAACAACGGAUCCGACUGGAAAAUGGUGAUGGAUGCUACCGGCAACAAGCCCAAGAUAUUUGAGGGGAAUUUGAACUAUGACACGCCAGCGUUGAGGACGGUGGAGUCUACAUUGACACGCUUUGUUAGGGUGUACCCAGACAGAGCCACUCCUGCUGGGAUGGGACUUAGAUUGGAACUUCUGGGCUGUGAAAUGGAAGUGCCCACAGUGCCCCCUACUACGCCCGCUUCCUCCACCGCGCCAUCAGACGAGUGUGAUGAUGACCAGGCCAACUGCCAUAGUGGAACAGGUGAUGACUACGACCAGACAGGUGGAACCGCUGCGCCAGAGACGACCACAGAGAUGAGCACCGUUCCAGCGUUCCUGUGGUUUGCCUGUGACUUUGGCUGGGCCAGUGAUCCUUCAUUCUGUGGCUGGAUGUCAGAAGACAGCGGUUUCAGGUGGCAGAUCCAGUCCAGCGGCACCCCGACUCUAAACACCGGCCCAAACAUGGACCACACUGGCGGAUCAGGGAACUUCAUCUACACACUGGCAACAGGUGCUCAGGAGACAGAAGUGGCUCGGUUAGUGAGUCCAUCCGUGUCAGGCCAGGACUUGGACCUGUGCUUGUCCUUCUGGUAUCACAUGUUUGGCUCUCACAUUGGCACACUACACAUCAAACAGCGCAGAGAAAGCAGCCAGGGCUCAGCUGAUGUCCUUUACAUUGAUUACAUUUUAAAUAUGUUUCAAAUUUAAUGUUGGUGUUUAUCUUUAUUUCAGGUGGUAAUUGAAAGCGUAGUGGAGAGGAAGAGUUGGGGAGACAUUGCUGUGGAUGACAUCAAAAUCUUAGACAAUCUGAACAUGGCCGACUGCAAGGACCCAGACGUCCCAGCAGAGCCAAUUCUACCUGAGGACAACUUCAAUGAAAUCAUCGUGGACAUCACAGACUUCCCUGAGAUUGUGGAGAACCACGAGAUCAGCGGCGCCGGAAACAUGCUGAAGACGCUGGACCCCAUCCUCAUCACCAUCAUCGCCAUGAGCGCGCUGGGGGUCUUCCUCGGCGCCAUCUGCGGCGUGGUCCUCUACUGCGCCUGCUCCCACAGCGCCAUGUCCGACAGGAACUUAUCCGCCCUGGAAAACUAUAACUUUGAGCUAGUGGACGGCGUCAAGUUAAAGAAGGACAAGCUGAACUCACAGAACACGUACUCAGAAGCGUGAGGCACCGACCAAUCAGAGGGAACCUCUCCUCAGGGAGGGCGGGGCUAAAACGGACUGCCGAUGCCUUCCGGUUGGAGGAGGACAAGGCUCUGUGGUUCAGCGAACCAAUGGGAGGUCUGGGACUGAGCCAUGCUUUUCUCAGGAGCUGCAGUGAACGGAACCUACCAGUAGGGGACACUGUGUACAAAACAUUGAAUACAAGGA